AUGCCCCGGCCACUGUCCCCGGAUGUCCAGUCAGCACCCAUCUCGCAGCGCCCUGAGGCCCCACCAGCGCCGACAUCACUGUCCCCGGAUGUCCAGUCAGCACCCAUCUCGCAGCGCCCUGAGGUCCCACCAGCGCCCACAUCACUGUCCCCGGAUGUCCAGUCAGCACCCAUCUCGCAGCGCCCUGAGGUCCCACCAGCGCCCACAUCACUGUCCCCGGAUGUCCAGUCAGCACCCAUCUCGCAGCGCCCUGAGGUCCCACCAGCGCCCACAUCACUGUCCCCGGAUGUCCAGUCAGCACCCAUCUCGCAGCGCCCUGAGGUCCCACCAGCGCCCACAUCACUGUCCCCGGAUGUCCAGUCAGCACCCAUCUCACAGCACCCUGAGGUCCCAUCAGCAUCCAUCGUGUCACACCCUGAGGUCCUGUUGGCACUCACCUUGUCGUUCUCCGAAGUGCCACCUGCGCUCACCUCGUCUUCUCUUGUUGUCCAGGAUUGGCCCGAUCCCAAUGACGUCUGGCCCAAGGACCAGGAGUGA